GCCGCCCGCCCGGCCGCGCGCGAGGCCGCGGCCGCCGGCGCGGCGCCGCAGAAGCGCCGCAGGAGCGCGCCGCAGCUGCCCUGCCGGGCGUGCCGGCGGCGCAGGAGCGGCGGCAGGGACGCCGCGCGCGGCGAGGGCGCGGCCGCGGGCGAAGACGCGGUCGGCGAGGCGGCACCGCCGCGCAGCGUGGGCGACGCGCCCGUGCGGCUGCUGGUGUUCUGGGGCUACGCGGGGUGGAGCAGGUGCCAGCUGAUGGGCGAGAUCGCGCGGGGCUCCUGGGGCCUCUGCCGGGCCCCAGACGACCUCACGGCGCUGGGCCCCUCGGAGGCCUGGGAUGCGGUCUACCCGCGGUUGGUCUUCGCUCCGAAGUCUGAGAUGAGCGAGAGCUACGACGGGCAUGCGCCGGAGGAGGAGGAGCAGCGGCGCGAGCUGAGGCGGAUGGCCAUCUUCCAGGAC